AUGGAGGCAGCAACGUCGACUUUGCAACACUCUUACGGUCCGGGCCCUCGAGGUCCAAACCCACCACAUGGAGCACAACAGGCCCAGGGGCCCCAUCAACCAGCUCCAGGACCUCCAGGAGCGCCACGUACUGAGGAGCAGCACCACAAACCUUUUUUCUACAUUCAGCCCUCGCAGCCAUACGUGCCUAUGCAGACUCUGCAGUGGCCUAUGCCUGUGCCCAUACCUGUGUCCUACAACCCAUACUAUGGCUACCCUGGUUUAGGUUUUGGCAUGCCAGUGAUGCCUCACUAUCAGCCAAAUCCCUACAUGGAGCCACCUGGUUUUGUUGUACCACAUACCCACCUCCAUCUGAUGGACUACAGGCGCAUGCUCAACCCCCAGUAUUACCAGACCAUGGCCUAUCACUCCCGGAGGUUCCGCUAUCAGCACAAUGGCCCGGCCAGAGAAAUGACCAGCUCUCAGGUUCAAACUGAGCCACUGUCAACAGUCCAGAGGACCAGCACCCCAGGUUCCAGUGAUGUCCAAGCUUCUAGUGGCCUCCCAGUCGGCAGCAGUGAUACCCCCAGUGUCCCCACCAGCCAGUCUCUCUCACCCACCUUGGUUGUGCAAAAGGGGGAUCAUACUCUGGAGCUAAAGGACAUGGUGCCCUCUUCCACGACCAGGACGCCACCAAACGGCAGCUUUGUGAUUCAGACUGAGGAGGUGAGGAUUGAAUGCUGCACUACACCGGCGGGACUACAACUCCUACACUCUCAUGAGACUGCAGAAGUGUCCCACAGAUUUUCCCAAGACGUGGCCCAGUGCAGCUCCGUCUUGCAGGGUAGUGUGCUGCAGGACGAUGGAACGAGUCUUCCUGGGGACCACUCGGAGCAGGCGCUCCAAGCUUGUCCUGACAUUCUUUUAGUGGGGACGCCCAGCAGUGGUGAGAAGACCUCUGCUCUGAAGGAGGAGAGGAAUCAGAUAGACCCUGUCACAGAGGUCUCUGAUUUGGGAUCUCAAGUAGCAGCUCAGGGUGAUGUUGAGGAGAUGAGGAGCGUGAAAGACCUCAGUAUGACCUCCAAGAAUUUUCAUUUUAAAGUCGUUCACCUGCCCUUUGACCCCAAGUAUUUGGAUGAGCUGCGGAAGAUGGAGUCCACUGUUUGGUCAGUGGAGGAAACCUUGAUUCCCUCCCCUGAAUCACUGAUCCAAAAUGGCUGCACAGACUCUCAUGAUGAAACACUGGCUGCUGUUGCUGAAGUGCCCUCAGCAGAUGUGCUUACAGUGAAAGAGGAGGCUCCCACAGAAGAGGUCAUCCCUGUGAUUGAAAUGCCUCCUCUGGCAGAAGAUGAACUGGAGGACAUGGUCCCCGCCCUGGAGGGUCCUGUGGAUGAGAUGGUGUCUGAAGCUGAUAUCUGCCCCAUGAUGGAUGCUCCAGAGGAAGCUCCUAUAACCAAGCUGACACACACAGCAGAGGUGGGUCUUGCACAUAGUUUGUUGAUGCUGGAUAAUUCCCCUCUUAAAGGAGAUCAAAACCAACACAGAAGAGAAACAAACGUCCAGGAUCCCCAGGACACUUCAUUUGAAUCAUUGCCCGCCUACCUCCCCUCAACAAGCUGGCUAGCCGACUUUGACAAUGUCUACUAUUGUAACAAGAUGCCACCAACUCCCAAGAAGCUAAGCAAACCUCUUAGUAGCUGUGGUUUAGAUGUGCCCACCAGAAGAAGAAGGCUAGACCUAGACUAUAAAGAACAACCUGCUGUUCAGAAGCCAAAAGAGAGGUACAAACCCAAAGGCAAGGUGGAUCGACGAAGCCUCUCUGACCACGAAUGCUGCCUCAGUAGAAAUUUCAGUGAGAAUGUGUUCACCCCAUAUGCAUCGAAGAGAGAGCGACUUUGCUCCAGAUGUUUGGCAAAGCGCAGGAUCUGCACAUCUGCCAGUCCAGGAGUUGACAGUAGGAGUUUAAAAAGAAAAGCUGGUCCCCUCCAGCAGUGGAAUGACGCACUCUUACCAACAUGUGAAGCAUGUAAGUCUCACACUAAGAAGCUGAUGAGAAAAGGCUCCAGUCCUGAUGUCCGUGGUCUCCAUCACGGACACGACACCGAGGGAGAAUCUUCUGAAAACAGUUCAUGUCGCCGAGGCCCAAAAUGGAGGCCAGCUGAUGAUCCCAGGAAGCUCACAGACUUCAAGAGGCCACUGGCCUCUAAGCAGAACUUGGAGAAGUGUCCUGCAGCAAUACACCCAAAGCUGAGGGAAAAGAACUGUGUGUGUAAUGAGCUGCAGCAUCAGCCUGUUGCAUGGGAGAGGUCGCGCCACUGCCCCCACGGCGACGCCAUUCGAGAAAUGGAUGAAAACCGCUCCAUGCCCAAUUCCCUGCAGGAGAAAUGGAGGAAUGUGGAUCAAUUUUACCUGACACACAGGUGGCAAACUGGUUCUCAUCUGACAGAGAAGUCAUGGAAAGCAGUGAUGUCUAACCCUGACUUUGACAGCUCCAAGAAUGAAGCCAGAUCACAACACUUGAACAAGCACAAGAAAUCACAAUCACAAGGAACUCGUAGAAAAGACACAAGAUGCUGAUUUGCACAAGAGCACAAUUCAACAAAGUGGGGAAAAAGCACGUUUUAAACAAUGAUU